AGCAGAGGGCACCGGGCGGCGGCGGCGCUCCGGGAGCACCAUGGCCGAGCUGCUCUGGAGCCUGCAGGAUUCCCAGCUCGUCGCCCGCUUCCAGCGCCGCUGCGGGCUCUUCCCCGCGCCGGAUGAAGGCCCCAGCGAGAACGGCGCGGGCCCCACGGACCGCGAGGCGCGGACGCCGGGGCUCGGGCAUCUCCCCGCCGCCAAAGGCAAGGGCGCCGGGGAGCCGGCCAAUGGGCUGCGGAGACUGGCGGCCCCGCAGGCUUAUGUAGAGAAGUACGUCGUGAAGAAUUAUUUCUACUAUUACCUGUUCCGAUUUUCAGCUGCUUUGGGACAAGAAGUGUUCUACAUCACAUUCCUUCCAUUCACUCACUGGAAUAUAGAUCCUUAUUUGUCCAGAAGACUGACCAUCAUAUGGGUUCUGGUGAUGUAUAUUGGCCAGGUAACCAAAGAGAUCUUGAAGUGGCCCCGCCCCUUCUCCCCUCCUGUCGUGAAACUCGAGAAGAGAGUGAUUGCUGAAUAUGGGAUGCCGUCCACCCACGCCAUGGCAGCCACGGCCAUCUCCUUCACCCUCCUUAUCUCUAGCAUGGACAGGUACCAGUAUCCCUUUGUUUUGGGACUGAUGAUGGCUGUGGUGUUUUCCACGUUGGUGGGUCUCAGCCGACUUUAUACUGGGAUGCACACGGUCCUGGAUGUGCUGGGCGGCAUCCUGAUCACUGCCAUCCUCAUUGUCCUCACGUACCCUGCCUGGACCCUUAUCGAUCGCCUGGACUCGGCCAGCCCCCUCCUCCCCGUGUGUGUCCUGGUGGUGCCAUUCUUGCUCUGUUACAACUACCCCGCGUCUGAUUACUACAGCCCGGCCAGAGCGGACACCACCACUAUCCUGGCUGCCGGGGCUGGGGUGACCAUAGGCUUCUGGAUCAACCAUUUCUUCCAGCUCGUGUCUGAGCCCACGGAAUCUCUCCCUGUUAUUCAGAACAUCCCGCCGCUCACCACUGAGCUGUUAGCUGUGGGUCUGGCCAAAUUCACCGUGGGGAUUGUGCUGAUCCUCCUGGUCCGUCAGCUUGUACAGAAGCUCUCCCUGCAAGUCUUGUACUCCUGGUUCAAGGUGGUCACCAGAAACAAGGAGGCCAGGCGGAGACUGGAAAUCGAAGUGCCUUACAAGUUUGUCACCUACACGUCUGUCGGCAUCUGUGCUACCACCUUCGUGCCGAUGCUCCACAGGUUUCUGGGACUACUCUGAGCCUCAAACGGUCAUUGGACCAGACAUCAAAAAGUUGAGUGGGGAAGUCUUGAUGACACGUUUUUCUUUAAAAAAAAAUUUCCUUAAGUCACAUGUCUGUUUUGCUAGUAUCUGAGAUAAAUGUUGCUGCUCUAUGGCGGGAAAAGUUGUCUCGCAGGAACCACUUGCCUGUAAGGGUCAUGUCACGGAUGAAGCCGGGCUAAACCCACAGUUGACCUAUUUAAGGGUCCCCCACCCUGUCUGUUACAUGGACUUUGGGCCAGCCCUGGGCUGGCAGGAAUUGCAGCCUGGCUUAUGAGUGGCCACAAACACCCUGGGUUCUGGAGAGCAUGACCCAGAAAGCUGGACGUCGGGUUUUCUUUUCAAUUAUGAUCCUGCCCAUCACUGAGUCUCAGUGUUGGUCCGAGAGAAAGGGUGACGUUCCUUGGACAGGGUGACGUUCUGUCGUUACGAUCACAUGAGACCGUGCCAGCUCACAGGGAAAGAGUGCUGUAAACCUCCCCGGGAAGCAUGAAAGGUGGGGCAAAGCCCUGAGGUCCCAGGCAAGAGCCUGCUUUCCUUAUGUGUCCUGGUCUCUGCCCGGUGCACACUGGACAGGGAGGGAUCUGCUCCCCCUUGUCGUACACUUCGCAGGAUUCGGGUACCACUUAUUUCUAUUCUCUUCUGAACAUGAACCCAGCCGGCUGCUCCCAACUCACUUCAUCUGAUUUGCUCUGGGUGUCUGGCUCUCUCCUGCAUCAAAGUGACUUGGGACAAGCCCUCUGCCCUUCUUCAGCUUUUUUCGCUUUCUUACAAACUGGGAAGGCACUGUCGUGGGCCUGUUAAAGUGAAUCAGUAGAACAGAUGAAUGUAAUCCUUCUUAGGGCCCUAGACCUCCCUCCUAGCCACUGUUUCUUCAUUACUUUUCCUAAAUCCAUUUCCUCAUCUGUUAAAUAGAAUCAGGGGCUCCCUUUUCAUCCCCCCCCCUUAUCUCUUGGCAAUUUUAAGGGUAAUUAAUGUCUGAACAAUGUCAGCCUCUCUUUGGAACAAGCCAACCCAACCCAGCAUCCUUUAGACCCCAGGCAAGUCCUUAUUAGACUUAGGAAGGUGAUCAUUAUGCAAACACCCUCCUGCAGGGGCUCCUUGAGGAGGAGGAACAAGAAUGAAGAGGAAGAGCUGAACAGUGCUCUUAAAAGCGCGCGUCAGUGGACAGUUAACAAAGUGUCUUGUGGGGGAGCUCCUGAGCUGCUGAAGCCAUUGCUUUUUUCCUGCGUCCUCACCACUCAGACACUUUGAGGGCAAAUCUGCCUGUCUGGGUUAGGUUCUUACCUCCGCAUCCAGUGUGAAAACUGAACACCCGUUGUCCUGCUUUCCAAAGAUGCACCCUGGCCUUUUGGUUGCGAUCACCUCUGAUGUUUGACUUCAUGCUUCUGACACUUUUCAUAGUUAGAAGGCAGGGGUCAAAAUGACUUGCCAUUUGCCUGUUUUUACAUCAUCCUCUGACCAGCAUCUGCGUCACUCUGGCAGGGGAAUGCCCCCGGUCACGGGCACCCCCACCCGAGACCACCCCACAUUGCCGUGCACGCAGCACUCUCUGUACCCCCGUCCCCAUGGGCUGCCAGAGCUGAGAUCACGGCCCUGGGUAAUAUUUACACAAAAUGAUUUUAGUUGAUUUCUCUGAAGCCAAGGGGCAAAAGGAUCAGCUUUUUCCACUUGUAUCCUUUGAGAAGGGUGGUAAUUAUUGUCAUAGCAGUGGGUGUGAGCGAUUCACUUGUGUGUGUAUAUAAAUUUUACUGCCAUCUCUUUAUUUUUAAGCCCCAACCACAGACUUGCAGUCAGCUGUAUUGAUGUAUUCAAAGCUGUAUUUAUACAAUUUGGAUUGAGGAUGAAUAUGGUAGCCAUAGCUCAGUAAAGAAAUACUGACAGAUUGGUCACUUUUUAAAGUCUCUUGUUCCAUCAGCCGAAGAAUAAAAAGUGCAUAUUGGUGAGGCCAAGCUUAGUUUUUGAGCACAACGGCUCUGUGGCCUAGAAUCAGGCAGAAACUGUUCAGAAAAACUUUUUUACUUGCUUCAACCUGCAGCUUGGUCAGCCCUCCUCAUUCACUUUACCCAGCCCUUCACCCUCUUAUACACACACACACACACACAUACACACACAGAGCCCUCCUCAUUCACUUUACCCAGCCCAUCACCGUUAUACACACACACACACACACCACCCUCCCCCCACCUCCCCCGC